CAUGCAUUUUCAGCGCCAUGAUUUGCCGGAUGAGUUUCGCAGUGUUGCUGACGUCGACGUUGCUAGCGUCGACCGAGGCAUUUACUGGUCGUGGUCGCGUCUAUCCUGGACGGAGUGAUCUUUUCGAAUUAUCAGUCAUUCAUCUCAACGAUUUUCAUGCCAGGUUUGUCCAAACUGGAUCCACUUCGGGCACUUGUUACGAGGGAUACGAGGACGAAUGCGUUGGCGGUAUAGCGAGGGUCUACACGGCUACACAUCAGCUUGUGAACGAAAGACCGAAUGCAAUUUUCCUCAAUGCAGGUGACAAUUUUCAAGGGACACUUUGGUACAACGUGCAUGGCUGGAACGUCACGGCAACUUUUAUGAACUUGCUACCACACGACGCUAUGACUAUUGGAAAUCACGAGUUUGACAAUGGCAUCGCUGGCGUAGUGCCGUUUUUGAAAAUGAUCAACACUCCGGUCGUCGUCACAAAUAUUGACGACAGUGAAGAACCGGAUAUCCAAGGCUUGUACACGAAUAGCACGAUUAUUGAACGAAAUGGAACUCAGAUAGGAAUAAUCGGAGUAAUACUCUCGACAACUAACACUCUCGCAAGCACGGAGAACCUGGCUUUCUGGGAUGAAAUCGAGACCGUGAAUGACGAGGCGGCGAGACUAAAGGCACAAGGGAUUGAAAUCAUCAUUGUCUUAAGUCACUGCGGUCUGGACGUGGACAGAGAAUUAGCUGCUAAUUGUCCAAACGUGGAUCUAAUCGUCGGUGGCCACUCUCACACUUUCCUCUACUCAGGAACUUCGCCGAGUUCCGACGUUGCCGAGGAUGAGUAUCCGGUCGUGGUGGUCCAGGAAGACACCGAAAGGACGGUACUCAUCGUUCAAGCUUACGCUUAUACCAAAUACCUAGGUAACAUCAGCGUUUGGUUCGACGCGGAUGGUGAAGUCUACGACUGGGAAGGGAAUCCUAUUCUCCUUGACAGCUCCAUCGAACAGGAUCCUGACGUACUGGCUGCCUUAGCGCCGUGGCAAGUGGACGUUGACGCGUUGGGCGACACAACGGUUGGAAUGACCAAGGUCCGACUUUAUAACAAUUGCAGAUACGGAGAGUGUAACAUUGGAAACUUAAUCACCGAUGCCAUGGUUGAUGCUUACGUAGGUUUUGCCGAGAAUAGCACUUACUGGACUUACGCUGCGAUAGCUUGCAUAAACGCUGGAGGGAUUCGGAGCACCAUAGAAGACACAACCGGCGAAAUUACGUAUGCGGACGCCGUGACUAACCAACCCUUCGAAAACACUUGGGACGUGGUAGAACUGCAAGGUUCUGAUUUGCUACAGGUGUUAGAGGCGGGUGUAGCCACAAGCUACAGCGAUACCGAGUUCGUCGGCAUAGGAUUUCUGCAGUGGUCUGGACUGAAGGUGACGUUCAACUUAUCGAAUGAGGCGUACUCGAGAGUGACUGAAUUGAAAGUGAGGUGCCGCGCCUGUGAAGUGCCGACCUACGAAGACGUCGACCUGGAUGAAUGGUAUCGUAUUGUCGUUGUGUCGUUUCUAAUCACAGGAGGCGACGGUCACUCGGUUCUGGCUACUCAGCACCGCAACCACGAAGUUGGAACACUGGACAUAGAUCUCUACGUAAAAUACAUGGCGAAGAUGAGUCCCAUUAUUUUGGGGACAGAGGGUCGCAUGACUUUGGAAGGGACGUGGAGUGGUUAGGCAACAGCAGGGACCACUUUCAUGAUGAAAACACCCACACGGAGCUGUAACAAAAAGAGAUCACCCGCGAUUUGAUCGGAGUACACGAAGUUACUUUUAGGCUUUAGCUAGCAUUAUCAUGUACAUAGUCCUUCACUUCGUAUGCUUUGAUCUGAUUUUCAAUGGAGUAAUUGAUAAUGGUGUAUCGUCGAGAAUUACAAACAUGUGAAUGCAAUUACAAUACUCCAAUAAAUGUAGAUCACGUCCAUUUCUUUGUGGUUUUAUUAAAGGCA